AUGACAGACUUAGCAAAUACCGAUAUACAAAAGAAACAAAAUGGGAUUCAGAUCAAGUCUAUUUCAGGUCUAAAUAGUUCGAAUGCGGUUUCUGGCAAUGUGGCCUCGCAUCCAUUUUCUCUCUUGUCAGGGCCACUUAAUAAUGGUGUGACUUCGAAGAAAUAUGGUAGCAAUGCAGCUUCUUCUGAUAAUGUUCCGCCAGAUUUAAUAUUAAACACCACUGAAAAGGAUCUAUUGAACGAUCCUUCUUUGGUAGAGACUUAUUCUGACAUAUUAAAGAUGAAGCCAGGUGACUUUAAAUCAAGUAUCCAUUCAAAUACUACAAGCACUACUGGUAGUGAAGAGGAUAAUAGUGUCGCAGGUAGUGUGGUGAUAACACCGACAGCUACAGGGGCUGUGUAUUCGAAAUUAUCGUUUCAAGAAUCAUUUAAUGACAAUAAAGAGAGCAUACCGACAAAGACUUCACUUGAUGUUGAAAGAAAUAAUUCAAUAGGCACUAACCGUAGUAUACAUUCGGAGGAUAAUACUAAUAUAAGUAAAAGGGACUCACAAAGUUUUUCGUUAACCAACACAAGUGUAAACACAAACAAUACAAAUAACACAAAUAACAUUGAUGGCUAUGAUUAUUCUGAUUCAGAUUUUGAAGAAAAUUUAGAGAAAAGAUUGAGAGAUAUGAAUGGAACUUCAGAUUCUUUGAAAAAAUGGAGAAAAGAAAUGAAAGAUUCGAUUCCUGAUGAUCUCGAUAGGCAUACAGAAAGGGGUUCUGUAGCUGAAGUAGAAGAGGAGGAGGGGGGAAAUAAUUCAGAUGAUACUGAUUCGGAUGAUAAUGACGAUUACAAAGAAGAGGGAGAUGAUUCACAUAAAGAGAAAGGUGAAAAUGAACCAAGUUUGAAUAAUAUAUCUGAUGAAGAUGCUGUAGAACUAUAUUCAGACGACCUGGAAGAUGCUGAAUUAGAUAAUGACGAUUUUGAUGAAUUAGAAGACGAUCAAGAUUUGGAUUAUUAUUCUCCAUUGCCCCCACCAAAGGAGUUAGAUCCAGAAAGAUUAUACGCUUUAUAUCCCUUUGAUGGGCCGGACCCAUCUCACUGUCAACUAGAUCAAGAUGAGCCCUGUGUUCUAUUGAAUGAUCAAGAUGCAUAUUGGUGGCUUGUUAAAAGAAUACGUGAUAGCAAAAUAGGGUUUGCACCCGCUGAGAUAUUAGAGACAUAUCCUGAACGUUUAGCAAGAUUGAAUUGUUGGAAAAAUGAAAAUAUGUCUUCCAACAAUAUCGAAAAAUCAAUUUAUGAACAUAAAGAAGAAGAAAUUGCAAAUGAAAGUGAAACCCUUGACAAUCAAGAAAUUAAAAAACCAAAUAAGCCUAAAUCAAAUAUUGUUAAAUCUGUCAAUUUUAGCUCCACAGUUAGUUAUGCUGAAAGAUACAUUCAAGAUUCAAACGAAGAAUCAGAUGAUGAGCUUGGUCUUCCUAUGACUUCACCUUUGUCUAUAGGACCACAUAAGAAAACUGGUAAUGAAUCUAAGAAUAAAAACAAAUUUGGUGAUGAUAUAAUAAGUCAUUACGAUGAAUUUUCAGAAGAACAAAUGACAUUUUUAAGGCCAGGUCUUGAUGAUAUUAUUGAUGAUGAUGAUGUAAGUGAAGUUGUAAGUGAUGUUUCUUUCGUUACAGCUUCAAUGACUCCUUUAAAUGUUAAAAAGACUAGAUCCCAAUCGAAACAAAAUCCAAGUAGCCCUCUAUCUGAUUCUGUCACAAGUCCAUCAGAACAAAGAGAAAGGUUAAUAAGUAAGGCAACUAAACGUUUAAAUAUUUCUCCAACAACUUCUACCCCACAAAGUAAUAAUAUUAAUAAUGACAAUGAUAAUGAAAUUGAAGACUCCAAAGAGGAUUCAAACCAUAAGAAAGAUAUACAUGAAUUAUUAAAAACACCUAGUGAAAAAGAUAAACUUAAAUUGGAUAAUAAUCUAGAUCGUAAGGAUGAACUUGAACAAAUAUUCCAAGCUCCAAUUGUUCCAUUCACAAAAAGCAAAAUUGCACCAUCGGGCUCACAAAACUCUUUGUUAACUAUCGGAGAAUUUUCUCCUUCAUCUUCAGAAUGUACUACUGAUUCUCCCCCUUUAAAGAGUUCUAAAGAGUUCACAUCAGAAUCUGGUUCUGUUGAAAUGCCCUCUUCUAAGGCAUUUCAGGAUAUAUCACAUUUUAUUGAUGAAUCUGUAAGCGUCGAUACUGAUGACAGUCACGAUGGUGAAGAUGAGGAUGGUGAUGGUUCCACAAAUAAUCUCAAGAAGACAAUAAACGAUCAGGUAUUAGGGAGUUUAUGUGAGAAAGAUUCUACUAGUGGAACAUCUUUCCAAGACAAAAUUAUAGACAACCUUGAUGAUACUGAGUUGAAGAAUAAUAUAGAUCCAGAGACAACUAUAUCAUCCCAUACUUCAUCCUCUUCAGAAGGCUUUUAUAUGCAAGCUGAAAAAGCUACAUCAUCAGUUAGCACUGAAAGUUCUUUUCCUUUGUCAAAGCCAUCUUCUCAACAAAUUUAUCAAUCUUCAGUUCUAAGAGACUAUCCACAUUCAUUAAUUGAACAAUUAUAUGAUCCAAUUUUCAUCAAGCUAGAUAAUCUGAUGAAACACUUGGACGAGAUCGUUCAAUCGCCAUAG